GCCUUUUCUGGGCCAGUGGCCCAACUGGUAGGCCAGAUGCCGGCCGCUUAUAGGACGGCUUCCCGUUCUUCUGGUGAGUCCUACUAUUCCAACGUAGUUAGAACACUACGGGUUGGCGGGCGUCCGAUGAGUCCGUCCAACAAACAGACCGUGGUUAUUCCCAUCAGGUGUACUGACGAGUCUAACCUUUCAGAUAAAGGGAAGGGUCCUGCUGUUGUCGGCUCCCCUAGCCUCUCUGACGAUGAAUCUUCUCCAGCCUUUGGAAAGAUGUCGUCGUCUGAUCGUGAGAAGCUCAAGACGGAGCUGUUCAAGUGCUUUCCCGAAACUUAUAUCAAGGGGUUAAGGGGAGCAUCGUCUGGGCAUGUAGGUUACAUGUCUCAGCUUGCUGCCGAGCUUUUUGCUCGCAGCAUGAUAACAGAAGACUGGGCGAAGGAGCUCAGAAAAGAGAAUAAAAAGCUCGUCCAUGAGUAA